AUGAAAAAUGAAGAAAAACUAAAAGUAUUAUUAGAAGCAAAAGAACGGUUAGAAUUUGAAUUGGGAGGUGCUGAUUUGGCAAUAUUAAGGUCUUUAGAAGAAGUUAAAGCUGCAAUCGAUCAAAUUCAAAGAGAAAUAUGCAAUACUACAAGAAAUAACUUAAUACAAGAAGAAGAAAUACCGAAAUAUGUUUUAGUAAAUAAAGUAGAGAGAGAUUUAUAUCGAGAUACCCCUGUGCGAUAUUUAGGAUAUGCAAGUGAACUAGGAGAGUCCUUUCGUCCACAAGUACCAAUAUUGUUUGUUAAAUUGGGGUACGCCGUAUCGGUUUCUUAUGUUGUGGCUGAUACAUUGGACAAAACACGUCGAGCUUGGGAGGCUAAUCAAGAACCAGUUUUAACAGCUGCAGAUACUUUGCUUUGGCAAGGGAUUGCUACUUUAAUUCUUCCUGCAGUUUCAAUUAACAGAAUUGUUUGGUUAACCGGCAAGUGUGUUCAAAGGUACAAAAUACAAACUUUAGGAAAGAUUCUUCCUACAAUCAUUGGUCUCGUUUCUAUACCAAUGAUAUGUCAUCCAAUUGAUAUAGUGGCUGAGUACAUUAUGACCAAUACCUUCCGUAAAAUGUUCUAG